GCUUAAGCAGAUUUUCAAAUUUUCAUCACAUAUUAUUAUACUUAUGUACAAACCCCGAUUGUCUUCCGAGAACAUCUAGAGGCUGGAAGCGAGCCUACAUCCCGCGUACCUCUUUCAGAAUCAUGAAGAACCAAAACUGUAGUAGAUACAUGUACCACUCCAGUGUGACGGGCCGCCAGACAACUUGGCGUGAGCCAUCUGACAUGGUCUGCUAGUUGGAAAUAAGUAUAAGGACGAUCUUUGCUGAUCCGGUGGAGCCCCCCGAGCUGACAUACGUCUUAGGGACCUAAGGAAUAUGUGGCGUCGUUGAGCCUAUGUAUGAACGUGAUGCUUUAUGAUGCAUUUCCACUGUUCAGCUACAGUAGCUACGACAGUGUUGCUCUCGAGCAUUCAUGAUCAUAUGAUCUUCUCCGCGAAGAACGCGACUCUGCGAAGACCAAAUGACCAUAAGACCUUCUUCUGUCCGCGCGUCGUCUUGGUCACAGGUAUCACCCAGAUGCCGUAUACCCCCUUCUUCCUGGAAUGGAACACGCAUGUAAACAGCUGGAGACGUAGGCUCGUCGAGGGCUAUUUAAGUCUACGUCGAGAGCAUGAGUAAUUAGAGGUUUGGCAGUAUGGCCGGACUCACCUCUAUUCUCUUCGCAGCACUCGUUAUAACGCUAAUUUUCCCGAACGCGUAUGCCUUUCCUAUGGGAAAUGAGGCUGCAUCUCCAGGACUCAAUGAUACGUUUGCCGAUUUUGAUGGAAGCGGACGUGCAUACCCUGUCGAAUGGUUACCAAACGCCACAACGUUCACGUACAACGGCAUCAAAUUCAAUCUUCCACCUUUCCACAACCCAUCUGCGUAUGACGCAAUCCGCAGUGACUCGCAAGUUAUCACGCUGCAGACAAAUGGAGCGAGAUACCAUUCUUUCCAUGCACUGGCUACUUCUGUCUGGCCAGUGUCAGGUUCGGCUGCUGCGCGCAUCGGAGAACUUGUCUACGAGUUUGACGAUGGGACUAGUACCUCGAACGACAUACUUGUUGGACCUUGGUGGUCUAACAAUCCGUUUGACGGGCCUAUCCAUACACCGUUCCAUUAUGCAAACGCCACUCUUGAUGGGAACAAGACAGUGGACCACAACAUCACAAGUAUCUCGUAUAUAUCGGCUCGGAUUCCAAAUGACAAACCACUCAAGUCUAUCACUCUUCCGGCUAACACGAGCUACAUCAACUUUUUUGCCAUCUCACUUGUUUCCGGUACCCCAUCAGGCUCCGUUGACAGUCCAAGAUUGUCCGUCCGGAAUGUUCGUUCAACUACCAAAUGGGUCGAUGCGAAAGACGCGAGCUCAGAGAAGAUUCAACAAAUCGAGGUUACCUUGGCCAACCUCUCUCCUCUCUCUGCUCCUACCAAUUCUUCAUGGUUAACCUCCACGCAUUCUUUAUAUUUGACAUCAUCCAAUGACGAAAUUAAAACUGUCAUCCCUGGGAAGGUCAUCAGACUGCGGAGUAAUGACCAAGUCGUUAUCCCUAUUAGCAUUCAGAACAAUCACAAAGUCGAGGCUGGUACGAAAGUUCAGGUGACAGUUCACUUGCGUUCAGAGAAGAACAGUACGGCCGUUUUGCUCGAAACGGAAGGCCAAGAGUUUGAGAUAAUUGCGGGGAUACCGGAGUGGAACAAUAGCGAUGAAAGUCUGAGGACUCAUGAAGCUCCCGAUUGGUACGAAGAUGCAAAGUUUGGUAUUUUCGUUCAUUGGGGCGUGUACAGCGUACCAGCUUGGGCUCCGAGUGGUCAACAAUAUGCUGAAUGGUACAACUGGCAACUGCAUAACCCGCCGAACAACGGUUCGCCUACCUGGGUACAUCACCUUCAAACAUAUGGCGCGGAUAUUGUCUAUGAUGACUUCAUUGCCAACUUCUCGGCUUCUGCAUGGAGCCCCGAUGAUUGGACAGACCUGUUCGCUGAUGCCGGAGCGAAGUAUUUCGUCUUUGUUACAAAGCAUCAUGAUGGAUUCGCACUGUUUGAUACAGGCAACUCUUCGGAUCGGAAUUCUCUUUUAUUCGGUCCAAAGCGGGACUUCCUCAAAGAAUUAUUUGCCAGCGCGAAGAUUAGACAUCCGGAGCUCCAUCGUGGCACAUACUUCAGUUUACCAGAAUGGUUCAACCCGGCAUAUGCACCCUAUGGUUUCGGUAGCUGGCCGGGAGGAGGGGCUCUGAAUGCGUUCAACGGAUCCUGUUGCGAUCCCUACAUUGGGUACAUACCCGUGGAUGAUUAUAUCGAAGAGCUCCAGAAACCUCAGAUCCAAACGAUACUUCAUGGAUACGACACAGACAUCUUAUGGUGCGAUAUAGGUGGUCCCACUGCCUUCCCACAAUUGGCUGCCUCCUGGUAUAACUAUGCUGCAUCCCAGAACAGACAAGUAGUCAUGAACAAUCGCUGUGGUGCUAAUCAAUCCGACUUCGUGACUCCCGAAUACGCGACGUUCCCCGCUGCGUUGUCACAGAAAUGGGAGAGUAGUGCCGGCAUGGACCCAUUCAGCUACGGUUACAACUCUGAUACUCCUCCGGAUGCAUACCAGAACGCAUCUAGCAUUAUAAUGGAGCUCAUCGACAUUGUUUCGAAAGGCGGAAACUUCUUGCUAGAGGUCCAAAGGCAGAUGGCACUGUCAUUCCGGAAGAGACUGAACCACUUCGGCAAGUUGGACAAUGGUUGAAAGUUGCUGGCGAGUCAAUAUACAGUACUCGUCCAUGGUUCAUCCAACCCGCUGACACCUCGGAAAACUCGACGGACGUCCGGUUUACGACCAAGCCGGAUGCUUUCUAUGUCAUUGCCAUCUCGAGGCCAGAAGGAGGUACUUUGCGCACAACCGCUCCAAUCCCGGUCACUCAGAAUGAUCGAGUUGAAUUGCUUGGCGGCAGCGGUCGUAAUCUCACUUGGUCAAUGAUAAAUGGGGUUUUCAGUGUUGAAGUUGAUGAGGAUGAUUUGGACCAAGUGCCGCUACCUGCGUGGGCAUUCAAGAUAACCUAUAGCACUGUAUGACUCUGGACCCAAACUGAAGGAAGAUUACUAUGUUCAGAUGGAAUAUGUCAUUCAUGAAUCUCUGAUACCAUCUAAGUUGCGUUCGACGUUCUUCCCGCCAAUUUUGCCUCGACGAAGGCUACGGCUAUCGGCAUGAUUUGUAGGUGUGCGCGAGGAUCGUCAACACAAGUGUCUAUGCAAGUAUUUUCGUAGCUAUACGGGUACCACGUUCAAGCCAAGGUCCAAUGAGCGUAAAUAAAGACUUCUGUAGUCG